GCGGGCGGGGCGGGCGCUGCCAUGGACGCGCUGUGCCGGGCCCGGCCCCGGCCCCGCCGGCCCGCCGCCGCCGCCGCCGCCUCCCCGCUGCCCUGGGCCCGCUUCUCCGCCUGGCUCGACUGUGUCUGCGUGGUCACCUUCGACCUGGAGCUGGGCCAGGCCAUGGAGCUGGUGUAUCCUUAUGACUUCAGGCUAACAGAGAAAGAGAAAACUAGUAUCUGCUACUUGUCCUUCCCAGACUCCUACUCAGGUGGCCUGGGGGACACUCAGUUCAGCUUCCGCCUCCGUCAGUCCGGGGGGCAGAGGACAACAGCUCCUUUUGAGGACCAUGGGGAGUACAACAGAGAAGCACCCCUCACCCUGCAGCGGGAGGCAGCUCAUUACUUCGGGUACGUCUACUUCAGGCAAGUCAAGGACAGCUCCAUGAAGAGAGGUUAUUUCCAGAAGUCCCUGGUGCUGGUGUCACGCCUGCCAUAUGUGAACUUGUUCCAGGCCUUGCUGCAGCUGAUUGCUCCUGAGUACUUUGAGAAGCUGGAGCCAUGCAUGGAGGCAGUGUGCAAUGAGAUUGACCAGUGGCCACCUCCUGUGCCAGGACAGACUCUGAACCUGCCCGUGAUGGGAGUUGUCAUCCAGGUGAGAAUCCCAUCAAGGGUGGAUAAGCCAGGAUCAAGCCCAGUGAAGCAGUUCAAUCAAGAGAAUCUGUUACCAGCCCCACUGGUUCUCCCCACUCUUCAUGAACUGGAUCUUUUCAGGUGUUUCCAGCCUGUGCUAAUCCACAUCCAGAUGCUGUGGGAGCUGAUGUUACUGGGAGAGCCCCUUGUUGUCAUGGCACCAUCCCCUACAGUUUCCUCAGAAAUGGUGCUGGCACUCACCAGCUGCCUGGCUCCCCUGAGGUUCUGCUGUGACUACAGGCCCUAUUUCACCAUCCACGACAGUGAGUUUAAGGAGUACACCACCAGGACCCAGGCUCCGCCAAACAUUGUUGUGGGAGUCACAAACCCUUUCUUCAUCAAAACUCUCCAGCACUGGCCACACAUCCUGCGGGUUGGGGAGCUCAGAAUGUCAGGAGACCUGCCCAAGCAAGUCAAGGUGAAGAAGCCAGCUAAACUAAAAACUCUAGACACAAAACCAGGAAUCUAUACUUCUUACAAAACCUUCCUUCACAAAGACAAAACCCUGAUAAAAAGAUUGCUGAAGGGCAUCCAGCGGAAGCGCCCGUCCGAAGUCCAGAGUGCCCUGCUGAGGAGGCACCUCCUGGAGCUCACCCAGAGCUUCAUCAUUCCCCUGGAGCAUUAUAUUGCAAGUCUGAUGCCUCUGCAGAGAGCCAUUACUCCAUGGAAGAAUCCUCCCCAGAUCCGGCCCUUCCGUCAGGAGGAUUUCAUGAAGAGCCUGGAGCACGCGGGUCCCCAGCUCACCUGUGUGCUGAGGGGGGACUGGCUGGGCCUCUACAGGAGGUUCUUCAAGUCUCCCAACUUCGAUGGCUGGUACCGCCAGAGGCACAAGGAGAUGACCCAGAAGCUGGAAGCCCUUCACUUGGAGGCCAUCUGUGAGGCAGACAUUGUGGCCUGGAUGAAGGACAAGUCUGAGGUGGAGAUUGUAGAUCUGGUGCUAAAACUGCGUGAGAAGCUGGUCAGAGCCAGGUGCCAGCACCUCCCGGUGCAGGAGGAAACUCUGCAGAGGGUGGGUCUGUACAUCGAGACCAUCAUUGGCUCCUUGCCCGAGGAUCUCCAGGCUGUGCUGCACCACCACUGAGCAGGGGCACAGGGCUUUGCUGGAGAAGGAAGGUUCCUCCCACCCUGCUCUGAGCUGUGGGCAGUUGUGUUUGGAAAGGAAAGUUCUCCCCUGAUCCAGCCAGCACGACCUGACCUGGGCCUUGCUCACAGCUCGGGGUGGUUUUGAGCACGUGAGGGUCAGAACUGUGGCAGGAGCAGGGACCUGCCUGCACUGCUCUGGCUGGUCCUGCUGUGGGGAGCUGGGUCAGGGGACUGCAGAGGAGAACCUGUUCCCCCUGUGGCUGUUAGUGAGUCAGGAAGUGUCAGCCAGGCUUCCAGCUGCAUGUGCCAGGCUGUGCCAAGCCUGUGGUGCCCAUAUGUACACACCCCCAUCUUCAUCUAGUGCUUGGGCUCCCAACAUUCCAGUGCCAUCAUCCUGCCUGGGAGCAGCAGGACCAGCCCUGAGGGGGGGAGUUGUUUUCAGGACAGCUCCUGGUGGUAACGAGAGAGAUUCUGCUGCCCCACAUACAAAUGAUGUGGAAAAAAAUGGUCACUGCCCAUUCACAGCCUGAUUCAGGCCAACAAGAGCUUCAGCUGUGGUGGCAGUGGGAGGAGGAGCUGCUGGGCAUGGAAUGCUGUUGGCUUUUUCCCCAAGGUGGUGACAGAGAAGGGGCUGGUGCCUCCAGAGGGAGCAGAGCUCUCCGGAGGCUGCUGUGGGAAUGGCAGGAGCUGCUGGAGCUCUGCAAGGAGGAGCUGGCCUCCAAAUGUCAUUUAUUCUGCUUCCAAACCCAAGUUUGUGUGCUCUGAUAAAGCCCAGGAGAGCUGGAGCUCUGCCUGGGGCAGGGAGAUGGCUAAAGCAGCCAGCCCUCUUGCUGACAACACGUGUUGGAGGAGCUGAUCUGUGCAGCCUGUGUGGGCCCUGCCCAGUGGGAGCUCUCAGAGCAGCCCUCAGUGUCCCCAACCUCCCCAGCUCUCACCAUGCCUUGUUCUCCCCACAGCCCAGCUUCCAGCUUGGCCAUUCUGCUCCCACUCACCUCUUGGGAAAGAGAGAGACAUGUGGGGUGCUGGGCUGCAGGUGAGGGGGCCUCGGGGCUCUGAGGCCACCUCUGGAGGCAGUUGAGCUGUGCCUGAGCCAGGAGGCUCUGCCCAGGGCCUUGGAAAGGGCUUUAGAGUGAAGUGCUGCUGCUGUAGCUGUUUCACCACCUGCCAGCCUGGAUGUUUGCCUUAAGAAUGGGUUUGAGGAUGGCUCUGGCAGCCUGAUGCUCCAGAGGAAGCCCUGGAAUGUUCCUUGGCAGGUGGCAAAGUUCAGCAUCCCAGCCCAGACUUGCAGGGAGCUGGGGGCAGUGCUGGGGAGGGUGGGAGCUGUGCUGCUCCCCUGGCAUCCCCAGGGCUGGGGGGAUGUCCCUGGGUCUCAGAGGUGAAGCCUUCCUGCCUGUUCCCCUCCUGAGCCAGGCGUGGGCAGAGCAGGAGCAGCAGGAACCUGAUGGGUUUCCCACCAGCUCCAGCCUGGGGGUGGCCGAGUGAGGAGGCACAACUGCACCUCCUGCUCCUGGGCAUCCUGGGCAGCUCUUGGUGCAGCCCUGGCUGUGUGUGCUCUGUAAAUAGGGGGGGCAGGUGUCUGUGCAGGAGCUCUGCAGAGGCUGGUGGAACCAAGCACUGAUGUAGAAAAUAUUAGUUAAAAAAAAAAAACAACCAACAAUUAAGCCACAUUGUGUCCUGG